AUGCCUACAGCCGGCGACCCUAGUGGCCGCUUUGGAAUAACUAUCGACACCGGAACGAUAUACCUUAAAAAGCCCUUGGAUUUCGAAUCCACCUCGUCAUAUCCGCUGACGUUAAAGGUUGCUGACUGCGGAUCAGGUGUUUUAUCGUCCACUUCCACCAUCAUAGUCGGCGUAAACAACGCCAACGAUAAUGCUCCAAUUUCCCAUCUGUCUACGGUGAUAUCCAACCUCGGAUGUACAGAUGCAGACCCCGGGACGACGUUAACGUACACCAUGACACAAAACCCUGAUAACAAGUUUUCAGUCUCCAAAGUCGGGGCUUCAGCAUCUCUUGUUCUCAAUGAUAUUCUGGACUAUGAAACAACAUCCUACUAUAACCUAGAGGUGACAGUGACAGACAAUGGGUACCCCUCCCUCUCCUCCUCAAUAUCAAUCGACGUCACAGUCCUCAACGUUAAUGAGGAGAAGCCAGUGUUUACAAACACAGGUCCCUACAUGGUUACUGCUGGUGAAGACACUGUCAUUGGGUCUAAACUCUUAACUGUCACUGCCACGGACAGGGACGCUGGAGAUACCGUCACAUAUGAUUUCGUUACGCCGUACCCUAAUUUCAACAUUGAUCACACCCUGGGAACUAUCCAGCUGGUCCACAGCCUUAAUUAUGAGACAGACUCUAGCCAUAUAUUAUUGGUAGAGGCAUCAGAUGGGUCGCUGAGUACCACUGCAACUGUCAACCUUACGGUGGACGACGUCAACGAAGCUCCAGCUUUCACACAGUCGACUUAUACGGUUAAUCUGGUGGAGAACCGAUCUGUAGGAACGACUGUGGUGCGUGUCUUAGCCAGAGACUUAGAUGCUGGGGCCAAUGGAAGGAUUUCUUACUCUUUAUCAGGGGGAGACGGAAUUUCCAACUUCGUCAUAGAUUCUGAUUUUGGCGCCAUUUCGUCAUCAGCAGUUAUUGACUAUGAAAUGAACAAGUUUUUCUUUCUAAUAGUACAGGCAUCUGAUGCAGCCUUGCCUUCAUUAACAGCUCGUUGUUUGGUGAACAUUAGAAUUAUCGAUAAAAAUGACAACGCCCCUGUGUUUACACCAGUAACAUACACAGUUAUUGUCUCGGAGGAAGCCGCUAUUGGUACCACAGUCACCAUAAUCAGUGCAAGGGAUGCGGACUCCGUCGCUAAUAACAACAACUUGUUCGAAUUCAGCUCCAUAUCCCAUGUUCCGUUUACUAUACACCCGACAUCCGGAGUCAUUGCUACCAACGCACAGCUGGAUAGAGAAAUAAUUGCUGUAUACAAGAUGGUGAUCCUAGCGACAGACAAAGGAACACCUCCUCUGACCGGUACCUCUACGAUAACAAUCUCUCUGACAGAUGUAAACGACAACGAUCCUAGUAUAUCUGGUACCUACGAUAGCACGAUAGACGAGGACACCGCCGUCAACACCGUCGUGUUCUCAAUCACUGCUACUGAUCCAGAUUACGGCAGAAACAGUCAGUUAUCAUAUAUCAUUCACUCAGGAAACACCAACACAGACUUCAAAAUUGAGACUAGAACUGGAAUUAUACAAACGGCAAAUAAAUUGAACAGGGAACUAAAUUCAUUUUAUAAACUUCAGAUUUAUGUUGUCGAUAACGGAACACCACCUCGGACCGCCAGCAUCACCUGUACACUGACCGUAGGAGAUGUGAAUGACAACGCCCCAGUUUGGGUCAAGCAAUCGUUUGAGUUCAGCAUUUCUGAAAAUGAUGCGGCAGGUUCUAGUGUAGGUUUCGUUAGAGCUACAGACCAGGAUAUUGGCAUGAAUUCAGUAUUAACCUAUACCAUUAUCAACUACUGGGUCGGUGGUUCAAAUCCCUUUGUGAUGGAUAGCUCCUCUGGUUUUAUUUCAUCAAUUGAGCCUCUCGACAGAGAAAUCGUCGACACUUUUAUUCUGUGGUGUAGGGUGUACGACGAUGGCUCUCCAAAUCUCUUUGCAGAUUCAAAUGUAACGAUUAAAAUUCUGGAUUUGAAUGAUAAUGACCCAGUUUUUGUAAUGACACAAUACUUCGGAAUUGUCAAAGAAAAUUCUCAAGAUGGUACUUCAAUUCUGAGUGUAUCCGGCACAGACAUCGAUACAGGCAUGAAUGCCCGGUUGUCAUACUCACUGGAUAAAUCUACAAAGACAGGAAAGAGAGUGUCAAAAUACUUACAAAUAAACUCAUCAACAGGUCUCAUCGACGUCAAAACUUCGAUCGAUCGUGAAAAAGAUCCGUCCCUUUCCGUCACAGUGCUUGUUACUGACGCUGGAACACCGCCUAGGACUGGAACAUCGAAUGUCUCUAUUACCAUUCUCGACGAAAAUGACAACAAUCCCAAAUUCGUUAAGGCAUUUUAUAAUGCAGAGACCCCAUACAGUGACUCCUGUUCCACUGUGAUUGACACAGUCACUGCUUCAGAUGCAGAUGAGGGGCCAAAUGCUCUCAUUUCCUACUACUUCGACAAUUAUGACGAAGACUUCAGUUUAAAUGCGGUAACAGGUGAAAUCAGUGCCUCCCGAGAGUUAUCAACAGAGAAGAAGUAUAUCAAGUUUGUUCUCGCUCGCGAUAACGGUAGCCCAGAGUUGAAAACGACGUCUAAAGCCACAGUUCGUAUCGACACUUAUCGACCAUCUAGCGUUGUCAUUUCUUUUCACCUCAGUGUAAACAAAAGCUACUUUGAGUCUGUUGAAAACGCGUUCGUCUCUCAGUUGACCAGUGUAUACCAUGCUUCGUACCCUACAGCGGUGGUCAGAAGGUGGUGUGUAACAGAAUCAGACAGUGUCACCGUUGUCAACAUUUACAUACUCCAAGACGAUACAACUAAUUCUAUGGUCAACCUAUAUGCCAAGAAAACAUUUCUUACUGCUUCGGAUGCACAUUCCUAUGUUACAAUGGACGCUGAAGGGACACCGUCAUAUAAAAUUACAGGUACAUCCUGGCUGCCAUAUCACAUCCAGAAGGUAGUAGUAUACGAGACAUCCAGCUCCGAUGACACUACCCCAUGGAUCCAGACGAGUACCGGUAUCGCCGUGACAGUCGUUUGUGGUCUAGUGGGUGUGGUGCUUAUCCCCCUUGUCAUCUAUAUGGUUGUGAAGUUUAUUAAAUCAAAAAGAUCUGUAGAUAAAACAGCACGGGUUGCCGUAGAGGAGAAAACGAAUCCCUCGACUAGCAAGAAACGAUCGCUUUCAAAUUCCAAAGAUUCCGCUACCAGCAAGAAAUUUUGA